UGUUGUUGCUAGUAGUAACGCCAAGCGCUUUACCUAUUUCCUGCUUUAUUUCAUGCUGUUUACCUGUUUUCAUCAACCAGUGCAGCAAAGAUCAGAUUGUUGUGACAGGUGUUGUAGACAGGUGAUCCUAUGUGUUAAUUGAUCAAUUGAUGCACAGUAAAUAGUUAUGAACAGUUAUCUGGCUAUGGAACUGACAUAGAAUCUGUCAUCAUGGUAAAUAUUAAACUGGUGAUAUGGUGGAAACUCAUAUGAUGAAAGAAGUUUCCAACAAUAAUCAGUCUGAGAUGUUAAAUGGAGAAGCUGCAAACCCAGCAGAAGAGACAAAAGAACCUCAGACUUCAGAGGAAGAACCAAAACAGCGUAAAUCUACUGCUUACGAACGCCUUUCAUUUGAUUUAACAAAUGAUCAAAGAUGCUUGAAAGAAAUAACUUUAGGAAAAAGGAUUGGGUUUUACAGAAUUCGUGGAGAAUUAGGGAGUGGAAAUUUUUCUCAAGUUAAAAUGGGAAUCCACGCACUAGUCAAAGAAAAAGUUGCAAUAAAAAUAAUAGAUAAAACAAAGCUAGAUCAGAAAACACAGAGACUUCUUUCUCGUGAAAUAUCAAGUAUGGAAAGACUUCAUCACCCAAAUAUUAUACGUUUAUACGAGGUAGUAGAGACAUUAGCAAAAAUGCACAUUGUAAUGGAAUAUGCAGGAGGAGGAGAACUUUUUAAUAAGAUAUCAAAUGAUGGAAAGAUGGCAGAAUCAGAGGCUAAAAGUAUUAUGGCUCAAGUUGUAGCAGGAGUUAGUCAUAUGCACAGAUACCAUAUUAUUCACAGAGAUCUUAAGGCAGAAAAUGUGUUCUACGCAGGACCAAAUAUUGUUAAAAUUGGAGACUUUGGUUUUAGUACAAUAAGUCGUGUAGAUCAAACUCUCAAUACUUUCUGUGGUUCACCUCCUUACGCAGCUCCAGAGUUAUUUAAAGAUGAGAAUUAUUAUGGAAUCUAUGUGGAUAUUUGGGCUUUAGGAAUAAUGUUAUAUUUUAUGGUGACUGGCAUUAUGCCAUUUCGUGCAGAAACUGUUGCUAAAUUGAAAAAGUGUAUAUUGGAUGGUGCUUAUACAAUACCUUCAUAUGUGUCUACUACAUGUCAGUUUCUAAUUAAAAGUAUUCUCAAACCAAUUCCACAGGACAGAUUUACACUCGAACAAAUAGAAAAAAGUGAGUGGUUAGAAGGUUGUGAAUUCCCAGAAGAGUUAGAGCCCUAUAAUCUUAAUCCAAACCAUAAUAAUGGUGAACUAUCAACAGAAGAAAAAGAAACUCGUCAAAUUUUAUUAGAUUUAGGAAUAAGCGAUGAACAUUUUAAAUCAGGACAUAGAGAUUCUCGCAGCAGUAUCACUGGUGCCUACAGAAUAAUACUACACCGAGUACAGAAGAAAAGUCAUGGUAUGCUAGAGUCUGAAGAGUCCCAACAAAAACUGAAUCAGAGUAUUAAUCCUCGGGAUGCAGCUCCUGGUGCAGCACAACAGAAACAGUCCAAACUUUGUGUUAUAUUAUGAUGAUUGUCACUUUUAGAUUAGUAAUUAUUUUAUUCUUCAUGUCACCAUGUGGCAUGUAAUUGAAGUAUGAAAAAAAGGGAACUGCCAAAACUUCUUUUUUAUUUGUGAUCAGUAUUAAUUUUUGUUUGGCUCUUCUGAGAUCAGUAUUUUGAUGACAAGGAUAAACUUUGUAAUUUAAAUUAUUCAUGAAAAUUGAUUAGUUUAUAGUAUAAAAUUCAAAAUAAUAAUACAUUGCAAAUUGAAUUUCCUCUUUACAGGAAAUGUUAUUAAUUUUUUUCUAACUUUUUCAAAAUUACACAAAUUGAUGGUUAAAUUUUCAUUAAAACUGGCAAAUUCAGUAAUAAAAAAGAUUAUAAAACAUUUCUACUGAAAUGGAAUUCGAAGAAGAGUAAGGAAAAUGGGAAAUCAUGUUUUCUUUACCAAUACACAAGAGUAAUAGAAGUAAACAAAUCUACUGACAAUUGCUAAAUAGAUUGGUAGUGAAGAACAAUGAUCCUGUCAUUAAAUUGUAUACACAAAUCUUAUGCAUGUAAUAGCAAGUUUUAUGUAGCAAUAGCUUUUAACUAAAAUUGAUCUAUAAACCUUACAGAUUUCCUGAGUAUAAAAAUAAGUGGUUAAAAUAUUGAUUAUUAUGAGGUAAAAAUCUAUUGAAAGUGCUGAGAUUAUCUUUAAAUGAAUGAUUAUCAUGAAACAAAUACUGGUAGUAAUUAUACCCCUGCUUUAAAGGACUAGGAAUACUGGUUUACUUCUGUCUUUGCUCCUGUACCCCUGCUCUAAAGGACCAGGAAUACUGGUUUACAUCUGUCUUUGCUCCUAUACUCCUGCUUUAAAGGACUAGGAAUACUGGUUUACUUCUGUCUUUGCUCCUGUACCCCUGCUCUAAAGGACCAGGAAUACUGGUUUACUUCUGUCUUUGCUCCUGUACCCCUGCUCUAAAGGACCAGGAAUACUGGUUUACAUCUGUCUUUGCUCCUAUACUCCUGCUUUAAAGGACUAGGAAUACUGGUUUACUUCUGUCUUUGCUCCUGUACCCCUGCUCUAAAGGACCAGGAAUACUGGUUUUACCUCUGUCUUUCCUUCUAAUAUAUGUGCCAGUCUUUCUAUCUAUCACACAAUAGACUAAGCUUGUGAGUAAAUGGUACAAAAUGUUUUUUGGACAAUUUAAACUGUGUGACAAGUUUUUCGGAUCAUUUGCCUGUGUACCUAAUGUUUGUUAAAUACAUGUUAUUACACUUACAUUGUUGUACACAUGCAGCUACAGAUCAUGAGAGCCAUUUUUAAAAGUUCCUUAAACAUGUAGCUUUACCCAAUAACACAUUUUUAGGUCAAUCAUCUCUUGUCAACUUUGUUUUUGUCAAAUUCAUGUAUUUUCUUCCAAGGUUAAUACUUAAAUAUAAAAUUGCUGUGACAUUUUUUAGGAAGUACUAUUUAUAGCUUCUCGAUAUUUAGUAUCACUAUAAAUUAUGCUUGAUCUAUUCAUAAGCCAUGAAAUGAGAUUUGUUUCAGAUGUUGGUCCCUUUCUUUUGUUUCUCAUUUGCCAGAUACAUAGGCUCCUUCAUUUGAAAUAAACAUACACAUUUAAAUGUAAAAAAAAUAGCAUUUUCAGCAAAUAGUAAUCAAAAUUUCUUGACAUAAAUGGUACAACAUGCUAAACCCCCUGUAGCAUGUAUUGAUAUUGACAGUUUGUCUACAUCAUGUAAGCUGAUAACGUAUUUCCAGCAAGACCUGGGGUAUAUAUUAAUGAGCCAGUAAAUUAUAUUGAAAAUGUUGAUUAUGAAUAAAUAUUUUGUUAUAAAAAAUGUUGAUUACCGGUAUUAUAAAGGAGUAGGUCCAGUAAGACCCCUUUUUGGACCCAAAAUAUAGCAGUUUUACAAAAUUGUUAAAAUGUAAACUUUUAGCUAUUUAUUGAAAAGUAGAAUACUUCUGCUACAUAAAUUCGGGCUUUUUUUGACAAUACAAUGCACAUAUAUCGAGUACUAACAUCAUUAAUUCAGGGUAAAUUACUGAAAUCUUCACAACUGUAGCAUUUGAGUUAAAUUUUAGACGGUUUCUGUCUUAAAUGGAAGUGGCCGCAUUUGUGUUCAUUCUUUAUAUUGAAAUGUAAGUUGUAUUUGAUGAUAAUACAUAACAUAUAUAAAGGGUGAGAGUGAACACGGAUGCGGCCACUUUCAUUUUUGACAAAAACCAUCUGAAAAGUGAUAUAUUAUGGCAUAUUUGAUCGAUUUUUCAUAUUUAAGCUUGAAUUUGAGCGUCUGAAAUGACUAAAUCAGUUAAAAUCUUUCACAUUAACUAAUUGAAUCGACUGAAGUAGACACUUAAGUGUUUAAAAAGUGUCCAAAAUCUUUCAUCAGAUGAACCUGAAAUUUGAGGCCAAAAUCGGCCCUUACCGGUCCUACUCCUUUCUUCUUAUUAAAAAUGUGAUUAUCAUAUUUUAAAAAAACAACCCUUAUUGUCAUAUUGGUGCAAGUGUGAAUACAUUUGUUGAUUUUAUGAUUUAUUUUUUAAUGUAACUUUAAUAAUUAACAGAAAUGUACUAUUGAUAAUAAUGAGAAAAUUGUCUGAAACCUUGUUAAAAAGUUUCUAGACUCCCCAGAUUAGUUAUAAGUGCUAUUUGUAAGAUUUCAUGGCAUAAAGAUUGUGUUAGCUUUUGCCAUAACUUUUCAUCUGUAAAAAGACUCAUCCAUCUGUGAAAUUUUAUUAUUUUAACUUAUAGUAUGCAUUGGCUGGUUGAAACCAAAUUCCUCCCCCCACCCCCAUUUACUCAGAUUAUAUCAACCUUUUCUCAAGCAUCUUUGUCACUUUAAACCAACUAAAUAAAAGAAUACAGAUUGUUAAUUUGGACAUGAUAACUUGUAGCAAAAUCAUUAGCCUAUAAAGAAACAAAAAACAGGCAACCAAUUAAAAACUGAUAGGACAGCCAAAAUUUGAAUAGGCAAAGUGUUGCAACUUCUCAACUCUCCUCAUUCUGAAAAUGCAAACAUAGUCAUAUUUGGAUGAUGUUCAACUGUUCAUGCAUACAUUUACAGUUUUAUAUAAAGCUCAUUAGUUUGAUAUGAAGUAGGUCAAAUUACCAGUAAAUUCAACAUGAAAAAUAUUGAAUCACUUAUAUGUUUAGAACUUAUUUCAAGGAUUGAAUUUAUGAUGUGCAAAGAAUGAUUUUUAUUAUUCCAUACUCAUUUCUUUAUAAUAUCUGCUUAUUAAUAAGGCAAUUAAUUUUUUUAGUUAGUUUACUUAGGUUUUAUUAUUUUAAUUUUGGUAAGUUUUCUGGUCCUUUAGCUGUUACAGAAAGUGUUCAGUGUUGAUGGAUGUACAGACAAGAAAUCCGAAAAUUGGCUAGGGAAAAAACAUUAGCAAUGGUGAUGAUGAGACUUUUAUUUUUUAGUUUGAGUCCCAUCCCAAUCAGGUGAUACUGUGAGCCUCUGAUUUCUGUAAUUUAAUAUUUAUUUUUUUGUAUAUAUACAUAAAUGUGAUCUGAAUUAACAAGGCUGUGAUAUUUUAUGAUGUGGUUUCAUUUUUAAUUCUUGAAAACAAUGUUGAAGAACAGAUUUUCUGUUUCAUAUUUAUGUAUACAUGUACUUUGAGAAUAAAGUACAUAUAUUUAUCCUCUCUAGAUAAAUUUCAUUAUGAUAAUUUCAAUGCUAACAUAUACACUUUUUCUGUGGAGAAAUCUUAGGAAAAUAUUUUUUAAUAUAUAUCGUCUUUUUACAAUUUUUCAUAAAUAUUUAUAUACUGUUUUGUAAUAUGUGUUACACAAAUUUAGAAAGUUUAAUUUACAUAAAUUGUAUUACUGUUUUUGUCAAUAAUAUUAACAACAGAUUAAAGAUAUUUGUUGUUUUUUAUUGAUCCUGAAAUUAAACACAAAACGUGAUAUAAUUUUAAUGCAGCAUAUUUUGAUUGUUAACGUACGUGAUUACAACAUUUAUGACAGAACCUAGUAAUGAAAUUGUUUAAUUUUCCUUAUAUUGAUUUGAAGAUAAUUGUAUUAUUAAAGUACAAUCAAAAUGGAAAGUAACUAAAUUAUGUUUUAAUUUCCCUUCUGGUCUCAUUUUUGUUUCAAAAUUAGUUUACAUAUUUAAAUCCCUAAGAAAGUUGUUAGUUAACAUGUACUGAAUCAAAAGGCCCAUAUAAAAACUAGAACAAGCCUGUAUAUUAUACAAGCUGUAUUUAAAGUUUAGCCAGUGUUUAUAUUUGUUUAAUAAUACACUGUACUGUUACUAUUAAUGAACAAUGAACUGCGUGACAGGUUAUUUAACUGAUCUUAUUUUGAAGGCAUGGCUUUAGAGAAGGAUUUGUAUGGAAAAACAUUGGACAGUUUAUGACCCUGAUAAAAAAGGAGGCAAAAACUUCACGUUUUUGUUUUUUUAUUUUUUUUUAUUUUUUUUGUGGGGGGGGGGGGGGGGGGGGGGAUAGAGGUUAGGAUGCAUUUUGGACAACCAUAUUUAUAUUAAGAAGGAAAUAUUGUGAAUAUAUGAAAAUGUGAAUUUAAAUGCAAAAAAAAUAUCAAUGUAAGAAAAUCCACGUCAUAUAACUACACUACUGUCUACAUAUUCCAUUAUAUUAAUGUUCUGUUUCUAUAUAUUUAUUACUGAUGUCAUUAGGUCUCUGGUGGAGAGUUGUCUCAUUGGCAUAGAAAUAAAGAAGAGUUAAGGAUACUUUUCAGAUUAGUGCUUACAUUGUUAAUUUUAAUAAGAAUUCAAGUAAAAUACAGCAUUACAAAGUUAUAAGACUUGUUAUUAGAUCUUAUUUUUAUGAAAUAUUUGUUAAAAUCUUAGUAUUAUAAUCUAUAUUUUAUAUGAAGUUGUCGAUAAGAGGAUUUUUUGAGUGGCAAAGAUGAAACCAACCCUAUAGAAGAAAUUCUUUCAUAUUUUCUGUGUUGCUGCACUAAAAUCAUGUGGUAAAACAAUUACCCAUCAGUAUUCUAAAUCAAAUAUUUUAAGUUGUUAGUUUGGUUUCUUUUUACAUUGUUACAUGGUAAUGUGUAUUAGUUCAAUGUCCAAAAGGGAGGGAACAUAGAUAACAGGAAACAAAUUUAUUUGAAAAAAAAAGAAAAGAUUGUUUGAUUCAGAGGAGGAAACGAGACAAGAAUAUGUAAUUGUAUUGUUGACUGAUGUUUUACAUUUUUUUAUUGCAAAGCAAUACUUAAAUUUAUAAAAUUUCUUUGCAUUUGUUCAAAUUUCAUCCAAAUGCAUUUCCAAAAACAAUAAGUAGAAUCUUUGUACACAUUUACAUUUGGAUAUUUGAUUGAAUCUCCAACAAUUUGUGAUCUUUCAGUGUGGUAGAAUAGGAAUUAUUUUGUGUGUAAUUUUGUAUAAAUUGUUAAUUAUUGUAGACAUUCCAAUCUGGUUGUUGACAAUUCAUUUACAAAUGAAAUAAAAAAUAAGAAUAAGUCUU